AUGUUCAGCCGGUGUUGCGGGGUAAGCGCAAUGAGGCACCGCGACCUCGGCACAGAGCAGGAGAAGGAACAGGGGGGCCCGAGCGUACGGCGCGUAGCGUUCCGCGCGCGCCUCAAAGAGCCAAUAGACCACCACAGACGGGGCCCUAAAGGGCUGAUGUUCAGCCGGGGCUGCGGGGUAAGCGCAAUAAGGUACCGCGACCUCGGCACAGAGCAGGAGAAGGAACAGGGGGGUUUUUAGUUGAUUGCUGUACAUUUAUUUAUGUCCAUGCUGUUGGCGACAAGUCUCGCUAUCAAAUUAGCUCAUGAACCAAUAGAUUACGGAAGGUACAUUCAGCGUUAUGAAGCAGCAUGGAUGGACGCUGCUAUCGCUAUAGUAGAAGUAGACAUGUUGGAGGAUCAACCUGACGUUGGUGUACCGACACUUCAUGGUAUGGGUGUCGCGUUUGAUUACAACAGAAUACUGACAUCAUAUAACGCCUUGCGACCUUUCGUUUUAACUGAAGGAUCUUUUAAGAAAGCGUAUGCUGUGGUUUUGAAAAAGAGAAGGUACGAUUCCCAAAAGAAGCAAUUUUUUCAUGAUUUAGAUGUUUACAAAAUUGUGUGCGGGCGCCAACCUGUUUAUAUAGACAACAUUCCUGACCCCUUUUGGUUCGAUAAAAAUCACCAGACAACGCCAAUUCACGACUUGUUCGUGUUAAGAAUUAAAGGAAAUUUAACUAGAAAAAUCAGAGCCAAUACACACAGGCCUAAUUUAGACCUAGAUACUAAUUUUGAACAAUCACUCGACGGGCUAUUUCUAGAUAUGGUUGAUCCAGUUCCACAAUUACCUGGUGACUAUGUUCAAAUUGGCUUCUAUUAUUACCGACCGCAGAACCCUAAGACACACGGGGUGGAAGUAAAUUCGCUUGACUAUAAACAAAUACGUGAUUGCGAUACAGUGCUGCCACGACAUUGGGGAUAUUUUAUUUGCGUUGAAAAAUCCGUCAAACACAGGCUUUUAUCAGGCUCACUUUUGAUUAUCGGUGAAAAGGUAGCAGGUAUUGGCGCUUUCCAAUACUGGUCAGAAAUUACUAAUAGGAUGGUAGUGUUCACUGAUGUAAGACCAUAUCGUUUUAAUUUGUUUUAUGCCUGUUCAGACCUCGAAACAAGUGGUGACGCAGAAAAUCCACUGACAAAAUUGGGAAUCACAAAUUAA